UUCAACAGUUUUUUCAUUGUGAAACUCAGUUGAAAGUGAAUACCGAGAUGAAAAAACAAUUUGAACACGUUAUAUGUCGAAUUGGAGGUUCAACGGGUAAGCAGUUCGUUAGAAAUACUCUACCACAGAUUGUCUCUAAUGAACUGGGUACUCAGAUGUCAUGGACAGGUCAAAAGAGUGGUGUAGGCUUUAAAUCCACAUCCAUAUGCAAACUUAUAAUCGAUUCGGUGAUGAAGCAGCUACCAGCUUCGACAUCUGCGGAGCUAGAAGCUGCCAUUCAAGAAUGGCUCCGUCGCUCAGGCGAUCGAAUAAGACACAUUAAACAAGGCACAUUAAACAAAAACAAUCAUAUUUAG